AUGGCUAACUUCGACAGCCUGUCCGAUGCUCAAGCUAUUCUCCUUGCGUGCGAGCUCUGUGCUGCCAGCAAUGUAGCUGCAUUGCCUCGCUUGCAACAGCAUUUCCCUACGUCACUAACUGCAGUGCGCCUGUUUCGCAUCUUGCUGUCCUUUCUGCCGGAAAGUACGCGCCCUCAGCAAUACGUUUCGAUCUUGAAUGACAUCGAUCGAGGCACGGCUGUUGCUGCGUCUUCCGGGGAUAUCGAUGCGUCAAAAGUCAAAGCCAUCGAAGAGCCGGUCGCUUGGAAACGUGUUCGACGGCUGCGAUUGCUCCCUCUCAGAUACCCUCACACCGACAGUACGACAGAAAUAACAGAUGCUCUUACCGAGUUUCUCAUCCAUCGAUCUCAUAGGAUAGAUACCGAAACCGGCCUACAAACUUACAUCCUUGAGCUCAUCCUACCGUUUUAUGACCGUUCGGAGACGCUUCGACGAUGGCUCGUCUCCAAGAUAUUACCGCUUUUACGGUCGAAUUACGAAUAUUAUCCGAACAAAGAAGAUAUAAUUCCGCUUUCCGUCCUUGAAUCAUUGGAUCAGACCACCGGCAUCAAUGUCCUUCUUUCUAUGACGGGCGCUGCUGCGUCAGUGACAGACCUGGCAAGAAAUCUAAGGGGUUUGGUCGGCCCGUGGAUGUGUGGAGGUGCUGAGUUUAAAAGACGCAGACUUAGUCACGCUCCUGAGACAAGUGAAGCCGAAAAUUUGAGCUGGGAAGCUGUCAACGACUGGCUGUUGUCCCGGAGCCUGGUGGAAUUUGAGAGUGUCGCUACUGCUCUCAUUGAUUGGGACGGUCCGGAGGACGUCGACUUAGGUGGGUAUAUGGAAACGCAGCUUUCUUCGGCAGAACAUGAUCGACAGCAGAAGUCCUACGGACAAGCAGGUCUUGCCGUAAUAUACGCGGCAGACCCGACAAGGAGUUCGCUUGAGAGAUUAUACGAGAUCGCAUCCAAGGUGGCCAGAUUGCUCCAGCUUGAUACCCCCGCUGAGACUUCCUUUGAUGACCCUUCACUGAGCGCAGUAGACCUGAAUCUGGACGUAAUAUCAGCUACGUCCAAAGCAUCAUUGUUACAGAAUGCGCUUCUUAGAGGUGAUAAUGCAUUGACUGUUCCCUCUUCGCAAUCGAUAGGAUUCUUGCAGGCGAUACUGAUAUCGGCGCGUAUCUUGCGUGACUUUGGCUAUAUCACUUCAUGUAGAUCGGCGGCGACGGUAUGUCUACACGACAACGAAGAGACGCAGUCGUGGGAGGUCAAUGCAGUUCUGGACACGAUAGUCAAGCAGCCAAAACCUGGACAGGACUGGAGCAAGAUACGCGAACAGAUACUCUGGCUUCGGGAUUGGAUCGGAAGUUCGGAAGACAGAAAGGUACAGUGCCACGGUCUUUUCUGGAGGGUCCCCAAAGCCGUUGUAGAGACCGAAAUUCUAAAGGCCAUGGUAACUGUUGGCAAGUAUCGGCUGGCUGCGGACAUAUAUACUGAAGCAACAUCGCCGCUGGACUCGACGCAGGUUGAAGCUGCUAUCCUGGACACAAUCAUCACAUUUUAUGAUACCGCUAGCAAUGGUAACAAGACUCGAGGGAAGUUGAAGAAGGCUGUUGAGAUUCUCAAUUUCUUCCAACCUCGCUUCCCUGACUCCAAACGGUUCAAGGAAUUAGUCGCUCUCAUUUCUGCGACACAUGCUCUUUCUUUCUACUCCCUGACCCUGCAACACGGGGUGCCAUUCCAACCGGUCAGCAUUCGGAUCCACGGCGACCCAUUAGCUCUGAUCGAGAAAGUGCUAGACCAGAACCAAAACAGCUACACGAAACUAGACGAUCUACUUUCCAUUGGACGGAAUUUUGUUACAGCCGGGCUGAUUAAAUUUCCUGUUUCCUUUGGGGAUGACGAUUCAUCGACACUCUCGCAGGAACAAGCUUUAAUCGUAGCCGAAAGACGCAUCAUCUCCAUGGCAGUGUCCUCAGCACUAGAAUCCGAUGACUUCGGCACUGCAUAUUCCUACAUCCUCACCCGCCUCACACCUCCCUCCCUCAUGCCAUCCUCCUCCUCCUCCUUAUCAUCCCCCGUCGAAGAAGACAUCUCCUGGCGCGCCGCCUACAACGCUGGCCGCUACAGACCACCCACAACCACAACAGAACAACAUACCCUCACAUCCCAAAUCCACAACCUCUCCCAAAGAAUGGAACUUCUCUCCCUCGCCCUCAUCCUCGCGCCCACAGCCGAUCCCUUGCCCGAAGUUCUCGGCGCAUGGCGACGCUGCGACGAAGAAAUGACCCUCCUCCGCGCCCGCGAGUCCCAAGAAGCCGAAGAAUGGGAUUCGAAAGGUGACCAACAAACCGCUCCUAUUUCCAUCGUUCCCGGCGGCUUUGGCCCUUCAGAUCAAGAACUAGAUGCAUACGAAAAUGCGCAGCGACAGAGUAGUCGGCAGCGGAGCCGGUCUUACUAUAAUAUUUCCACAACCACCACCAAAAAUAAUAACGAAGAAGCGCCCAUGGGUCUAUUUGAUGUUGCCCGCGGCGCCGCGAGGGCUUUUAGUAAGAAUAUUUCCCCACUGCAAGAACAACAACAACAACAGCGACAAAAUCGGCUUUCACUUUCGUUAGGCCAUGGCAAUGCCGAAAUACGAGAAGGACGAGAAAGGGGAGAGAGAGAAGGAGAAGGAGAAGGAAAAGAAGAUAUAGAGAAAUCACUAGACUCGCUACUCGACGGCGCAGACUCGUCGGAACGAGUGCGCAAACGUGAUGUAGUUAGUAAUAUGGUUACGGGCGGGUUGGCGAGUGGCAUUGGAUGGGUGUUGGGUGCUCAACCUGUUAAUCGAUGA